AAAUUUGGGGAAAGAAGAGUAAAACAAUUGUGACCAUGCAGCAGAAACAAGCAACAAAAAAGAUAAAUGCAUAGUCACUCACUGGAUGGUUGAUCUUAGUGCCAAAACAGGAUGGAUAAUCUGUAAGGUAUUUAUCCAUUGUGCUUCUGUUGUCAAAGUUUUCUCUCUCUUUUUUUUCAAUUCCAAAGAAUAUGUCAACUUUUCAAACUGACAGAAGUUCACACUAAAUCUCAUAUUUAUCCAAGACUAUCUUUUGUUUUGAUGUGCUGAUAGUGAGUGCACGUUUAAAAGUCAAACAAUGAAUUGUGAAAUCAGUUUUGCACUAAACAGUACACAGUACGAGAUGCUUCUGUAGUGGUAGCGCCUGAGGUUUGUGUAGUUUUCAGUACCAUAGGAGACUAGAUGACAAUAUCGCUCUGAGUAGGAGGCCACUGCCAUCUAGUGGAGGAUGGCCAAGAUAAGUUUUCUGUAUUGAUACUAAACCGCUGUGACUAGAUAACAAGAUUUUGGUGGCAUUUCCUGUUUAAAGUUACUCCGCUGACAUCAACAGAGCUGAAGGAACAACUUUUGUUUGGAUCAGAAAUACCAGAUUCGUAGAUCUCUUGCAGGAAGGAUUUAUGUGCUGUGAAACACUAAUUUACCUUCCACUAACCCUGAGAGAAGAGGUCAGUCAACAUGUCAACAAACCUGUGUGCUCAUAAAGGCUUUGACAAAGAUCCAUGUAGCUGGGAUUGAUAUGAUCACUAAUGCUGCAGGACUGCCUUAUGCUGUUGGACUGUGUUAACCUGCAGAAGUGUGUGCAUGAAGUACACACCACCCUCCUAAUCAAUGUUUGGUCAGUCUAAAGUUCAAAGGCUGCAUAGUAUGACUCCGCAUCUCACUUUAUCAGGCAUCCAUCAGUAAACAAUUAGGCAAGCCCACUUGGACUCUGGCUUCAGUAAUGUGGACAUUUGUCUUUUAGCUCAUGAACUCACAGGAAUUUUAGUCUGACAGCAACUUUUAAUUUAAAAGCAGAUAAGUGGAUUAAAGGAUUAGAAGAUCAAGUACCCCAUAGACUAAUGAUGGAGUGUUCAGGGUUUUAUAGACAAAGGCAUUUUUGACUUUACAAAGAAGGCAAGCAGUUGCAGUAGUAAGUGUAGUGCUCUUUAGAUGGGUGAAGCUCUAGAGUUGAAGUUGGUGCUUAUGACUGACCUUUCUUUUAUAUUUCCGUGAGAAACUAUGAAUCUUCAGCAGUAAAGGGAGGCUGAACUCUGUGUAUGGGCAUUGACCGAAUAAAGAAAAAGACGCCCACACUCUUGUUGCAUCAUCUAUGAUGUAUACAAGCACUUUUUAGAUAAUUUGUACAUUUUUGAUUGGCAAAAAUACCAAAGACUUUUUAAUAUCCUCUUCGUGAAGUCAUAAUACCAUGUUCAUGAUCAUUAUUAAUUUAUGAUUCUAUUUAAGAUUAACUUAAAUUAUCAGCAACGCUUCUCUUGUGUGCUGCCUAGUAAUGUUUCGUUCGCAAACGAUUCGUUCAAAAGAACCAAAUCUUUUAAGUGAACGUACUGAACCGAAUCACUUCCUCAAGUGAUUGGUUCGUUUCUCACUUCAGUUGAGCUGAAGUGAGAAACAGAGUUGCCAGGCGAGCAGCAAGCAAAUGAGGGACCACAUGCACCAAGGCCUGAAUCACUUUGGUGAACGAAUCAUGCAUUGAACUGCGCUCCCUGGAAUCAUUUUUGUCGGACAAAACUACUUUUUUUAUUGCUAAAUUGCCACCACAACAGCUUGCACAGGACACAGCAUGUAACAAGUAGUGCAUAAAACCCGCAGCAUCCUAUCAUUGCUGCUGUUUGUGAGGGAAUGGUGCAUGUUCAGUGUGAGUCCUUCUAAAUGUUCAGUGAACGAAUCACUCUUGACCCCAAUUUACUGAGCAGACCUGCUAGCAUACCAUAGGACAGUACACUUCAAACAUCAUGACUUAUGAAUGAGGUUAUUUUUACAAACCUGUUUGCUAAAGCAACUCAGCCAAACACUCUCAUCUCCAGGUCCCAGAAGCUAUGAUCUGAACUGAAUCCUGAACCGUUCAGCUGUGUAUCAGUUCAGGAGGUCGGAGUCACACGCUCCCCCCACAAAGCGCUGUAUGAUUCGGUGAUUUGGUGAACGAAUCUUUUGAACGAAUCUUUUUAGUGAACUGAUUCUAGUGAUUCAAUACAUCUCAAAGAAUUGCCAUGCCCAUCACUAUGGUGCCGGAGAGCUAGCCCCGCCCAUAGAUCUUUCCGACCAAUGGGAAUUGACGCCAAAUCUUUAGAUUGACGCCCCUCACGGGUGUUUGUGAUGUCCGUUAGGAAGUUUUGCUGCACUUCACCGGUCACGGAGGUACAAAAGCUCGGCGUUACGGUUGUUUGUAAAUCCAAUAAAAUCAUCCGCUGUUGCGGAAGGAUGGCAGACACGGCCCCCAUCGAGGACGGUAUGUCCGAGGAGGAGAGGGAGUUUCAGAGAGUUGUCGCUCUUAUCGGCGGGAAAGAAAGGAUUUAUUUGGUGGGUGACGCGUGUGACAGUAAGGAGGUAGACGGGGAUGACCGUGGAAUAUUGCAGGAGUUCAUCCGGGACAUGUUUCCUGGCAGCCUGGCCAACAGCAACGGACAUCCUGCGUCCUCUGUGUCAAAAAUCCACGUUGGCGGUGCAGGUGAAAUUUGCAGCGAUGCACAGACUGUUAAAAACAAUGACAUACCUCUUUCAACGAGGCCUAAAGAUGUGAGUGUGACAGCCAGCCCGGUGGAAGAGGGCAAGGAGAAAAAGCAACCAACGCGCAAUGAUAGCGCUCAGAAAACAGCGAGGAGGCUCAACAUUUACAGCAAAAAGCGGACCAUAGACUCUCCCGUCAUCGUCUUCAUUUUCAGAGAGACAUUUCUCAGCAAAAGUUCAAACCAACAGUGCCUGAAGGAGAUUUUAAAGGACGUGAAGGCACGCACGAAACGUGCCAGAAACGCCCGACCAGCUCUGCUUGGAUUAAUACGCACCAGAAAGGAGAGUGCAGAGACGCUCCAGUGUGCGGAAAUCCUGGAGCGUCUGAUCCGCUCUGUGUUCUCCAAACAUUCACCUGAGACUCUGUGGGUCGGCUGUUUCAUCCCGGAAACAGACGCUUCUCUGAAUACCAUCAAGAGAAACGUCUGCAAAGUUUUACACUCAUCUCAGACAGCAGGUGUAAUAACACGAGUGUUCUUCAUGUUGUUCAAAUCACACUGAGUAAACACUACUGGAUUCCUGUCACUGAUGCAGUGUUGUUUGAUUUUGCUGCCCAGUCCUUCUUUGCUUAAACACACAAUCAGCAGGGCAGAUCUUUGUUGACAUGAAGUUUGAUCUCUAGUGUUUUAUCAGGGCACCAUGCAAGUGUUUUGAUGGAUUAAAUACUUGAUUGCUAAAAUGAAAGACUAUAGAACUACAAACAUUUACUUAUACAAACCUACAACUCAUCUGUAAAGCUACUAACUGUUGAGAGGAAAUGUAGUGUUAACUGAAAUAGAACAAAGUUCACCAUGAUUUGAGAGAACCAAACAAUUCAUAUGAGGAUCAGCUAUAACAGACAUAAUUAUAAUAUGGUAUGGAUGAUGCAUGAUAAGGUGUGAGUAAACUCACCAUCCGAGUCACCAUGUGAAUUCCUGCAGGAUAUUUGUCAAACACUGCUGUGGUUUGAACACCACUAUGUAGGUCAAUUCAUGUAACUCACUAAGUCCAUUUUUUUCCCCCUUUACACACUUUCCUUCCCAGGGAUGGCUACAAAGGCCAGGGGACAAAGGGAGCAUUCAUGAAACAAUCAAGCCUUUAGAUAAGCUGCCAAAUUGUUAAAGGCCUAUUAUUGCCUUUCAGAUAAUACGAGGGAUAGAGGGAAGCCGAUUUUCUGGCCAUUCCAAUGUUUGCCCUGGUCUCAGAGAGGAGGAGCCAGAGGCCAUUUCAACAGUUCUUCAUCCAGCAGGCGAAGAGGUAGCAGCAGCAUCCCAUAGUUCAGUUUGACCAAGGCAGGGAGGAAGUUUAUCACAGGGAGAAAGAUGAAAACAUCCUCUAAAAUGGGCUCCAUUUUGAAUCAGAUACCUUGCAGAGUUUGCAGUUUACUAAGCACUGGCAGACACCUUGUGUUUGGCACAUACUGUAUGUACAAAGCAGAGAAAUCUUAAAGUCUCUGCAAAUGACUGCCAUAUUUGAUUAUAUUGCUUUAACCAAAGGACAUAGCAACUAACAAUGAAAGCAUAUUUUUUGCUCUUUCUUGCUUCAGGUGAAACUGGAAGUAUGGAGGAAUGCAUCCCUCUGAAAACCGUUCCAUCCCCUGCUGGAGUUCCAGAAUCAUCUGGCAAAGGCAGCUGAUGUCUUGACCCCUGUGACCUGUGGCUGCUGGCAUAUAACCGCUGAUGAAACUGUGAUAAGCCUUAGGCUACUGUACAACAGAGCCUCAUUAAAAGUUCCCGUGUUUCAUAUGGUGCUCUGUUAUUUUUCACUCUGAGCCAACAUGAUUUGUGUCCUGAAGGAACUGUUGAAGCAGUUGCCAUUUUUCUAUUUGCAGUAAUUGUUUUUUGCUGUAAGAAUUUUAUCACAAAACUUGACAUUAGUUUUUCCUUUACUUUUUUAAUCUGACAUAUGCUUUGAUAUUUCUUUUUUUAUGCUUAUGUAGAUGUUGGAACUCAGUAGAACAGAGAUUACAGCAAAAGUGCUCAGUAACAUGAAUUAUUCUGUAAAGGGCUGGAUGAACAGACUCUGGAACUGAAGUCGGGGCAUCAGCUGAUGUAAUGAAAGACUUGAGUGUGGUCCUGCUGAAUGAUAAGGGACCCAGCAGCUAUUUUACUCAUUAGCCCCUAGUGGAAUCAUCCAGCUUUACUAACAUGUAAAUUUUUUAAACUUUUUUUUUUCUUACAAGUACGUGCCUUAGAAAAGUGCUGCUUGAAAAGAAUAUUUGUUUAUUUGUUUUCGCAAUUAUUAAUGCCUUUAACUUUUAAUUAGAUUAUUUAUGUGAACUUCUACCUGUAUAUCCUACAUUCAACAUAAAAUGAAAAAAAAAAAAAAA